GCUGCCCGAGCAGGCCGCGUGCGGGCCGCCGGGCCCGAGGCCGGAGCCAUGGGCGAGACCAAGAUCAUCUACCACCUGGACGGACAGGAGACGCCGUACCUGGUGAAGCUGCCCCUGCCCGCUGAGCGCGUCACCUUGGCGGACUUUAAGGGCGUUCUGCAGCGACCCAGCUAUAAGUUCUUCUUCAAGUCUAUGGACGACGAUUUCGGGGUGGUGAAGGAAGAAAUCUCAGAUGACAAUGCCAAGCUUCCCUGCUUCAAUGGCCGAGUGGUAUCCUGGCUGGUGUCAGCUGAGGGCUCACACCCAGAGCCAGCGCCCUUCUGUGCUGACAACCCUUCGGAGCUGCCACCACCCAUGGAGCGCACAGGAGGCAUUGGGGACUCCCGGCCCCCAUCCUUCCACCCUCACGCUGGUGGGGGCAGCCAGGAGAACCUGGACAAUGACACAGAGACAGACUCCUUGGUGUCUGCCCAGCGGGAGCGGCCACGCCGGAGGGACGUUCCAGAGCACACAACCCGGCUAAAUGGAACUGCCAAGGGGGAGCGGCGGCGAGAGCCAGGGGGCUAUGACAGCUCAUCCACCCUUAUGAGCAGCGAGUUGGAGACCACCAGCUUCUUUGAUUCAGAUGAGGAUGACUCCACCAGCAGGUUCAGCAGUUCCACUGAGCAGAGCAGCGCCUCACGCCUGAUGAGACGACACAAGCGGCGGCGGCGGAAGCAGAAAGUUUCACGGAUUGAGCGGUCCUCGUCCUUCAGCAGCAUCACGGAUUCCACCAUGUCACUCAACAUCAUCACGGUCACGCUCAACAUGGAAAAGUAUAACUUCUUGGGCAUCUCCAUUGUGGGCCAAAGCAACGAGCGUGGUGACGGAGGCAUCUACAUUGGCUCUAUCAUGAAGGGUGGGGCCGUGGCUGCCGAUGGACGCAUUGAGCCAGGAGACAUGCUGUUGCAGGUAAAUGAAAUCAACUUUGAGAACAUGAGUAAUGAUGAUGCAGUCCGAGUGCUGCGCGAGAUUGUGCACAAGCCUGGGCCCAUCACCCUGACUGUAGCCAAGUGCUGGGACCCAAGUCCACGUGGCUGCUUCACCCUGCCCAGGAGUGAGCCCAUCCGGCCCAUUGACCCUGCUGCCUGGGUCUCCCACACAGCAGCCAUGACUGGCACCUUCCCUGCCUACGGCAUGAGCCCCUCCCUGAGCACCAUCACCUCAACCAGCUCCUCCAUCACCAGUUCCAUUCCUGACACAGAGCGCCUAGAUGACUUCCACCUGUCCAUCCACAGUGACAUGGCAGCCAUUGUGAAAGCCAUGGCCUCCCCUGAAUCCGGGCUGGAGGUCCGAGACCGCAUGUGGCUCAAGAUUACCAUCCCCAAUGCUUUCAUCGGCUCGGAUGUGGUGGACUGGCUGUACCACAACGUGGAAGGCUUCACUGACCGGCGGGAGGCCCGCAAGUACGCCAGCAACCUGCUGAAAGCUGGCUUCAUCCGCCACACCGUCAACAAGAUCACCUUCUCUGAGCAGUGCUACUAUAUCUUCGGUGACCUCUGCGGUAACAUGGCUAACCUGUCCCUCCAUGAUCACGAUGGCUCCAGUGGCGCCUCAGACCAGGACACGCUGGCCCCUUUGCCGCACCCGGGAGCUGCCCCUUGGCCCAUGGCUUUCCCUUACCAGUACCCACCACCUCCACAUCCCUACAACCCGCACCCAGGUUUCCCUGAAUUGGGCUACAGCUAUGGUGGGGGCAGCGCCAGCAGUCAGCACAGCGAAGGCAGCCGGAGCAGUGGGUCCAACCGCAGUGGCAGCGACCGUCGGAAGGAGAAGGACCCGAAGGCCGGGGACUCAAAGUCAGGUGGCAGCGGCAGUGAGUCGGAUCACACAACUCGAAGCAGCCUGCGGGGGCCACGAGAGCGGGCACCCAGUGAGCGCUCCGGUCCCGCAGCCAGUGAGCACAGCCACCGAAGUCACCACUCACUGGCCAGCAGCCUGCGCAGCCACCACACUCACCCAAGCUACGGCCCCCCUGGCGUGCCCCCUCUCUACGGCCCCCCCAUGCUGAUGAUGCCCCCACCGCCUGCAGCCAUGGGGCCCCCAGGAGCCCCUCCGGGCCGUGACCUGGCCUCCGUGCCCCCUGAACUGACCGCCAGCAGACAGUCUUUCCGCAUGGCCAUGGGAAACCCCACCAAGAAUUUCGGGCUGUUUGACUUUCUGUGAACCCCCAGCAAGGGGAGGCCCAGCCUCGGAGGAGACCAGGAACCCAGCUUCAGCAGCCCCUCAGGGCUUCCCAAGGAUAUUCAGCCCCCACACCCGCACUUCAACAUGUUGAGUCACUAGACUUCUGGGGAGGAUCCCCGCUUCUCAUCCAUCUGUGAGACUCUGUUCCCCUUUCCAGAGAGUACCUGCUGUUCAUGAGCUCACUCUCUCUCACAUUGGUGUGCACACAAACGCAAAUGUAUACACACGUGCCUAUGCAAAUUUGCUUAAUCUCAGGGCUGGUCCCUGGUAAGGGGGCUGGACCCUCUCUCUUAGUCCUCUCCCACAUUAUGGGGCUGGUCCCCUUCCCUUUUCCCUUCCUCAGAGCCUCAAACCUCCCACACGUGUCCCUAUCAUCUUCCUACCAGAAUAAAGCCCAUAAGCUAGGUCUCAGGCUGGACUCAGCAGAGGAUUCCCUCAGAAAAUGAACAAGCUAUUCUCACCCUGGCCCCCAAGCAUCACCCCUUCCCCUGUUUUCACAAUCACCAUAUUAGCCCAAGGCAAGAUUGGGCAGAGGGACUUGAGGGACUUUCAGACAGAGUGCAUGUUUUCUUUUUUAUCUUCUACUUCACUUGAAACGAAUCAGGUGACUUUGUCUUUAAACUUCUUUCUAUAAAUUCUGACUUACCUGGGCUCCCAUAUUUUUAGGACUGGGUUGUCAAAUGUGAAAUGAAGUCCUAAGCAAAAUUUUGGCCUUCAUUCAUUUAAAAAAUACUUCCUGGAUUUUGGGUGAGUGAGGGCUUUGUUGGAAGUAUGACUCAGUUUUAACCUGCCUUCUAAGAUCUCUGGAUUUGCUCCCAAACCAGAUUAUGGCUUCCUUUAUAGGGCUACCUCCUGUUCUCUUCCUUCUCUGACUCUCUUAAGAAUUACUCCACUGUUGUUCAUGCCUCCAGUAUUGAUGCUCCCAAUGUUCUGUCUCGUUCACUUCUCUAUUUACUCCCCAAAUGUUGUCAUCCAUCCUUAUGCCCUCAUCUGCCACUGACAUGCCGUUGGUCACCAGAUAUACAUAUAACAUAUAUGUAUACAUAUCUCCAGUCCUAAGUUCCUUCCAAUCUUUAGAACUAUAUUUUAGUCACCCACUGAACAUCUCCUUGGAUAUGUCCACAGUGACUCAACUCAUUUUCCCCACCAAGUGUGGUUAUCCUGAAUUCCAGUCCUGAUAACUUUCAUUACAAUCUACAUAGACUUGCCAUCUACAAACAUUUAUAGACUUAAAAUUCCUUAUUAGCAUCGUAUCUCCAUUCCACUCCAACAAUCUUGUGAAUCUGGCCCUUCCUUUCUCCUCUCCUCUAGUUCACUGGAGCAUAGGAUUUGAAGUCAGGUUGUUCUGGGUUUGAAUCCCAGCUCUGCUUUUUGAUUGCGUGAUAGGAGAGUUAUUUAAUCUCUCUGAGCCUCAGUUCCCUCAUAUGUAAAAUGACAAUAAUAAUACCUACCUCACAGGGUUGUUGUGAGGAUUUAAAUUAGAUAUUGUACGAGAAGUGCCUAGCACAGUGCCUGGCACACGGUAGAAUAGGUGCUCAAUAAAUGGUAGCUAUUAUUAAUA